CAAAUGGGAGGGUUUCCCUGGGAAUAAACCCUGGAGGACCGGGCGUUCCAUACCGUCUCCGGUCUCCUCCUGUCACCCAAACACGCCUCUCCUCCCCAGGCCUGAAGAGGUACAUAUGAAGAGGCGGCAUACCCACGGAGCUGUUUGCUGAUGAGCGCUCCAUCCUGAGCACUGCUCUGUGUAGGAAGGGGGGAUACUAACUCAGGAUUAAGAUGGCUGAGGAACUGUUAGGAAACGAUGCAAAAACCAGCGGGCAGCUCAACAGGUCCCUGCUGGCUGUGGCCUUCCUGUCCUCGUUCGGCAGCUCUCUGCUGUACGGCUACAACCUGGCCGUGGUCAACUCCCCCGCCCAGUACAUUAAGGACUUCUACAACGAGACGAUCACGGAGCGGUACGGCUGGAGUCUGGACGAGCGGGCGGUCACACUGCUGUACUCGCUCACCGUGGGGAUCUUCGCUAUCGGCGGGAUGGUGGGUUCGCUGCUGGUCGGAACACUGGUCACCAAGUUUGGGAGGAAGGGGACCCUGGUGCGCUCCACGGGGCUGGUGUUCGUGGCGGGGGCUCUGAUGGGCUUCAGCCGGGCCUGCCGCUUCCCGGCCAUGGUCAUCAUCGGCCGCUUCAUCACCGGGAUCCACUCAGGGGUCUCCCUCAGCGUGGUGCCCAUGUACCUGGGGGAGAUCGCCCCCAAGAACCUCCGCGGCUUCCUGGGCCUGGUGCCCAGCAUCCACAUCUGUGGGGGGGUCUUCAUCGCCCAGGUCCUGGGGAUCCACGAGAUCCUGGGGAAGGAAGAGUACUGGCCUCUGCUGCUGUCUCUCAUCGUUAUCCCCACCGCGGUCCAGCUGAUGCUGUUGCCAUGGUUUCCAGAGAGUCCUCGCUACCUGUUGAUGGAGAAGAACAACAUGACCGCCACCAUCACAGCGCUGGCCAAGACCAAGAGCAUGAGCCUAUCGGAGCACUCGCUGAACCAGGGCGUGGUGCGCCGGGGCAGCGUCAAGGUGCACGCCGGCACGCCGGUCGCCACGGCAACGGAGGAGGAGGUGUUCAGCCGGCUGGGCGUCCCGUACAGGAAGCCGCACCAGAGGGACUGGUAG